AUGAUAGACCUCAAAUACAUAUGGGUACUCAUUUCAAUCAACAGAUACAUUCUCAACACAAUCCAAGAUGAAAAAACUAGAAAAUCUCUAAAAUCAAAAUGCAUCACAAACAUAAAAAUUCAAAACCAACAAUUCUUCGAAUUCUCUCACCAAUCAGUUCUAUCCAAUCUCUACUACGGCAUUGACGCCAUUGAAACUGCAAUUCAAUCACACCAUUCAGAAGAAAGAUCUCUUAACCUAAAAAACUCAGAGCAAAUGCUUCAAGUUCCGGCGAUGCUUGACGAAGACGAUUUCACAGCUUCAAUUCCGAAUCGUUACUUGGUUUGUUGCUCUUACUUUUAUCUCUCGGUUGUUAGGAAGCUUCAGGGGGAUGAGUGGCAGGCUGCGGUGCAUUUUCUUCAAGCGGUUUUGGUGGCGCCGAGGGUUGUUUGGAAUGAAUUUGCGCCGGAGCUUUGUGGAAGUCUUUUUAAGAAGUGUGGGAGUAGAAGUUUGGAGUUUGGCUCUUGUUUGGAUUCUGAGGAAGAGAUUAAUGAAGUGGUUGUUAAGGAGAAGGCGAGGAGAUAUAAAGAGUGUUUGGUGUAUUAUCAGGUUAUGCUUUAUGGAGAGAUUCCAUGGUGGAGCAGUUAUUGUAGCAGUAAUUCUGCAAAUUAUAUGGAUGUAUCAAAUACCAGCUGUGUAUCUUCUACUUCAGUUCAUCAUGAACAAAGAUUGAAAACUUGCAAUACUUAUGAGAAGAUUCACCCAAUGGAUCCUCAAGAUGUGAUGCAAGAAAAGUUGGAUGCAAAAAACAUAAUUAAGCUUGAUUCUAGCAUGUUCACCAGGUCCAUUGAAGAUGUUGCUUUAUCAAUCUCGAAACGGAUAGAAAAAACAAGCAUCGAUUUAAAUUGCCGUGUCGAGGAUUUAUUAAUCGAAGAAGCAUUGCAGCCACUAGAAUUCCAUCUGUUUGAUCAUGCAAGCAGCAGACUUAGGCUCGGCCUGAAAAAUCACGAAGAAAGUUCUAAAAUGAAACUGCAAACAUCAUUAGGAAAAUACGGUGAAGAAUAUAUUGUAAACACUGCAUCGAUUUUUGAGAGUUUGAUUGGUUCGUCAGGAACUAAUUACGGCUCCUUAAAAGAUGUGAUUUUGGAUGAAUUGCUGAUAGUAAUCUCAACUUCCAAAGAGGAAAAGGAACUAAGAGCAUCAGUAUCAAUUCUUACAACAAUAAUUUCAAGGAACAAGUCAAUUAUAGAAGAUGUGAAGAAGAAGGGUUUAAGGUUAUGUGAUUUAGCAAGUGCUCUAAAACAAAAUGUUUAUGAAGCAGCAAUACUAAUCUAUUUGAUAAACCCAUCUCCUAUAGAUAUAAAAACACUGGAACUUCUUCCCAUAUUUGUAGAGAUUGUAUGCACUUCAUCACAAAGUUGUUACAAGAGUAAUAAGCAAGAAGAUAAGCAAGAAGAGUCGCUUCUUAUGACACCUCAUGCAGCAUCAUUGAUGAUCAUUGAAGAACUUUUAACUUCAUUUGACUAUGCUACAAAUAACAUGCAUUUGGAAGCAAUUAGUUCACCUCAUUUUCUCAGUGGACUUCUCGAAGUUGCUAGAAAUGAUAAUCUUGAAGAGUUUUUCUCUUUGACUACCAUUCUUAUAAAAUGCAUGCAGUUUGAUUCACAGUGUAGAAAGUAUGUGUCAAAGUUUACUCCUCUUGCUCCUUUUCUACACCUUCUAGAUGCAGAAAAUAUUCGCACCAAAUGCAUGGCACUUGAGUAUUUUCAUGAAAUUCUAUGCAUACCAAGAUCAUCAGCUAUUAAUCUGCUGCAGCGGAUAAAGAAAGAAAGCAGAAUGGAUAUUAUGCAGAUACUGAUGCAUUGUGCAGACCAAUUACAACCUGGUCACCAGAUUUUAGCUGCUAACAUAAUGAUUCAGUUAGACGCGUUGAACUCAACUGAUAAAAGCUUGUUCAGAGAAGAAGCUGUGCGGAUUCUUCUAAGGGCAUUGACAUCUGAAGAAAGCUCAGAACAGAUAUUAUCUGCUUCCAUUCUAUCAAAUCUUGCUGGUACAUAUGCUUGGACAGGAGAAUCAUAUACAGCUGCAUGGUUUCUAAGAAAAACAGGCUUGAACUCUCCAUAUCACCAAAAUAUGAUAAGAAAUUUCAACUGGUUGGAUCAUAGUCUACAAGAUACAAGCAUAGAUGUUUGGUGCAGCAGAAUCGCCAAAUGUAUCAUAAGUGUUGGAGAUUCCAUUUUCUAUACUUUAGAGAAGGGACUAAGAAGCAAAAUGAAAAAAGUUUCUAGAGACUGCCUUGUAACUCUUUCCUGGCUUGGAUGUCAAAUAUCAAAAAAUCCAGACAGCCUCAGUAAUUCUACAUCUGAGAUUAUACUAAGAAGAGUUGAGCAAUUUCUGCAUCCUGGGAUGGAAUUGGAUGAAAGACUUUUGGCAUGUAUGUGCAUGUUUAAUUAUGCCUCUGGGAAAGGAAAGCAAAAACUAAUGCAUUUCUCAGAAGGAGUAAAAGAGUCAUUAAGAAGGCUUUCAAACAUAACUUGGAUGGCCGAGGAAUUACAUAGGGUAGCUGAUUUCUUGCUUCCAAACACAUCACGUAUUUCUUGUGUUCACACACAAAUCCUUGAGGUUGGUCGCAACUUUAGCAUAUCAGUUUGCUCCCUCAUAUACUACAAGGGACUCCUAUUCAGUGGAUAUUCAGAUGGAUCAAUUAAGGUAUGGGAUAUUAGGGGGCAUUCAGCUAGUCUUGUAUGGGACAUUAAAGAACACAAGAAAUCUGUGACAUGCUUUUCAAUUUAUGAACCGUUAGACGGUCUUUUAAGUGGAUCCACGGAUAAAACCAUAAGGGUGUGGAAAAUGAUCCAAAGAAAUCUUGAAUGUCUAGAAGUAAUAGUCAUGAAGGAACCAAUUCAUCAUUUACGCUCCCAUGGUGAAACAAUUUUCUCAAUUACUGAAAGACAAGGAAUAAAGGUUGUUAACAAAUCAAGAGAGAUAAGAGAUAUUUUCAAAGGUAAGCAUGGGAAGUGCAUGGCAGUGGCACAGGGAAAGUUAUAUACUGGCUGCACGGAUUCAAGCAUACAGGAGUAUAACACAACACACAACAGGGAACUAGAAAUCAAACCACCAACAAGAAGUUGGAGAAAGCAAAGUAAGCCAAUCAAUUCAAUUGUAACAUAUAGAGAUUGGCUCUAUAGUGCAAGUAAGCAUGUUGAAGGAACAACGAUCAAGGAAUGGAAAAAAAGUGGGAAACCCGAGAUUUCAAUCCUUACUGAGAAAGGAGAUAAUGUGGUAGCUAUGGAAGUGGUAGAAGACUUCUUAUACCUAAUCUCUAGCUCAUCAACAAGCAGCAUUCAGAUAUGGUUGAGAGGAGUACCGAAAAAAUUGGGGAGGAUAUCAGCAGGGAGCAAGAUAACAAGCAUCUAUACUGCAAAUGACAUUAUUUUUUGUGGUACUGAGAAGGGACUAAUCAAGGGAUGGAUUCCUCUGUAG